CUCGCGGCGCCUGUCCAUCGACGCGAGUCGUUCUGCGAUUGGCCGGUGCGGCCGAUCAGCCCCUCCCCGCGCGGCGAGGCGAAUUUGGCGGCUUGGCCCAGGCGGGCCGCAGAUGAAGGCUGCGGCCUGAGCGUGACACUCGGAUGCGGUCUUGACACCCUUCAUUCCCUUGCUUUCUGCACCUCAUCACCCAGUAAAUCUAGUUGACGGUUGAUCCCCUGGCCUGGUGGCUCCCGAUGGAGGACGGAGGCCCCCCUGAGAGCCUGGCUGCACAGACCACCUGUGAGCCCAGCGAGUCCCUGUCCUCGGCCCACAGACACCUGAGCAGAAGGAAUGGGCUUUCGAAGCUCUGCCAGAGCAGGACGGCCCUCUCUGAGGACAGAUGGAGCGCCUACUGCCUGUCGUCCCUGGCCGCCCAGAACAUCUGCACGAGCAAACUACACUGCCUGGUGGCGCCCGAGCAGACGGAAGCGGCCGGGUCCCUGGGCAGCAUGUCCUGCUGCUCGCUGCUGCGGGGCUUGUCCUCGGGGUGGUCCACGCCCCUGCUCCCUGCCCUUGUGUGCAACCCGAACAAGGCCGUUUUCACCGUGGACGCCAAGACCACAGAGAUCCUGGUUGCCAACGACAAGGCGUGCCAGCUCCUGGGGCACAGCAGCCACGCCCUGAUCGGCCAGCGGCUCACGCGGUUCUUCCUGAAGCCGGACUCCGACGUGGCGAAGGCCCUCAGCGAGGAGCACGUGGAGGCCGACGGCCGCGCCGCAGUCGUGUUCGGCACCGUGGUGGACGUCGUGAGCCGUGGCGGGGAGAAGAUCCCGGUGUCCGUGUGGAUGAAGAAGGUGAAGCAGGAGCGCGGCCCAUGCUGCGUGGUCGUGCUGGAGCCUGUGGAGCGGGUGUCGGCCUGGGUCACCUUCCAAAGCGACGGAACCAUCACGUCGUGCGACAGCCCCUUUGCUCUCCUGCAUGGGUUCGUGUCCAGCGAGGAGGUGCUUGGGCAGCGCGUCACAGACCUGAUCCCUUCUGUGCAGCUGCCCCCGCCCGGCGAGCCCGUCCCACAGAAUCUCAAGAUCCAGAGGUCUGUCGGGAGAGCCAAAGAUGGCACCACCUUCCCGCUGAGCUUAAAACUGAAAUCUGAGUGUGGCGGUGAGGCGGUGGGAGGCAGCAGGGCAGUCCCCGAGUGCAGUUACUCGGCAUCCGUCUGGGUGUUCUCCACCAUCAGCGGCCUCAUCACCCUCCUGCCCGACGGCACCAUCUACGGCAUCAACCACAGCUUUGCACUGAUGCUGUUUGGUUACGGGAGGACGGAGCUCCUGGGCAAGAACAUCACUUUCCUGAUCCCCGGCUUCUACCACUACAUGGACCUUGUGUGUGACGGUUCCUUACCACUGCCAGACCUGGCCGAACGCUUGGAUAUCGGCACUCAGAGCGGGCCCGGGGAGACAAGUGCGGGCCCCUGGCAGGGCCAGAACCUGGCUGGCACGGCCUCAGAGUGGAAAACAUCCCAAAAGGAAGCUCAUCAGCCCAUAGACAACAGUCGUCGCCCAAGGACCAGCAAGACAUCCCAGGAGGAAGCCCACCAGCCCAUAGACCACAGUCGUCACCUGAGGACCAGCGAGACAUCCCAGAUGGAAGCCCACCAGCCCAGAGACAACAGUCGUCGCCCAAGGACCAGCAGGACAUCCCAGAUGGAAGCCCACCAGCCCAGAGACAACAGUCGUCACCCGGGGACCAGCGAGACAUCCCAGGAGGAAGCCCACCAGCCCAGAGACAACAGUCGUCACCCAGGGACCAGCAGGACAUCCCAGGAGGAAGCCCACCAGCUCAGGGAUGGUCAUCACCUGAGGACCAGCGAGACAUCCCAGGAAGGAAGCCCACCAGCCCAUAACCAGCAGUCAUCGCCCAAGGACCGGUGGAACACUCUCUUGGGGCAAGAGGAACCUGCAGCUCCAGAGAGCCUCAGACAGGACCUUGUGGGAAGAAGCAGGUGUGACCCAGUGGUCACAUGGACGUUUGCUUCCCAGGGAGGACCUGAGACCCCAGCUCUAGCUGAGGGCAGGAGUAGAAAUGCUGAACUGUGUGGCCUCUAUCAGGAGGCUCAGCUAGAGUGGACAGGGUUGAGCAGUGCCAGCAGUUCCAACCGUCGGGCUGAUUCUGUCAUGCCCGAGCCCCGUGCCGCGGGCCAGCUGGCAGCGGAGGGGCUCCCGAUGCCCUACCCUGGGUAUGGGGGCGAGCAGAGCACGCAGCCAGGAAGCCCGCCUGGGACAGCGCGACUCCUGUUCUCAACGCCGACGCUGGAUGAGCCCUGGGUGGCUGUGGAGAAUGACCGAGAGGAGAUACAGACGUGCUUGCUUAAGGAGCAGCUGCCCAGACUGAGCUUUGUGGGGCCCCUGGGUGUCUCUUACAGCGAGCUGGCCUCAGCAGAGCACCCCCCGCUCCCGCCCCCCGUGUCGUUGUGUGACCCGGGAGGCAGGGACUUCUGCAGCCGCGUGGGCAGCUCCUCCGCCUACUAUGCCCUGGCCACAGACCUCCCCGGGGUCCUGGACGCAGUGCAGGCCCAGGAGGCUGAUGGGAAUUCCUUCUCCUGGAACCUCAAGGAACUGCGUUUCAGUGAGUGGGCAGAUGGAACUUCGUCCACCUGUUCCUGCGCUGCGUCCGAGCUUGUAGGCACGCCCUCCCCCUCGCCGGCAGGCUCCGAUGUGGACGUGAGUGGUCUGCACGGACGGAGGCCGGAUGUUCUGGAUGAUAGGGAGCUGUUGCUCCUGACCGGCACGUGCUUGCAUCUCGGGGAGGCUCGGCAGUUUCACGAGAGCCGUCUGGGGCCCGAUCGAGUGGAGCUCUCGGAGACCUGUCUGGAGUCCUCUGAGCGCGGGGGAGGGCGCAGCAGAGAGAGCUCACCGUGCGUGCUUCCCGCGCCGGAGGCUGGCCCCGUGGACGUGUGCCCGUCAGAGGAGCCCAGGCUGAGUUUCCAGGUCACCUCCACGCCUGUGAGAGACGACAGCCUGGUGGCACCCGGGGACAUGUGCACGCAGCACGGGAUCCAGGAGGGGACCUACGCCGGCAGCUGCUACCACCGGGACGGAGCGCAGCUGAGUGUGCAGUUUGAGGUGAAGCGCGUGGAGCUCCAGGGCGCGGCGACCCUGUUCUGCUGCUGGCUCGUCAAAGACCUGCUGCACGGCCCCCGGGACUCGGCCACGCGCGCCCGCCUGCUGCUGGCCAGCCUGCCCGGCUCCAGCCACUCCGUGUGCGAGGCCUCCGGCUCCAGCGUCGGGGAGGGUCUGAGAAGCAAGCCCUGGUUCGACGACGCCCCCAGGGCCGUGGAGCUGGAGGGGCAGGCGGCCUGCGAGGGCGCGUACUCCCACAAGUACCUCACGCUGAGCCCGCUGGGCAGCGGGGCCUUCGGCUUCGUCUGGACGGCGGUAGAUAAGGAGGCCAACAAGGAGGUGGUGGUGAAGUUCAUUAAGAAGGAGAAGGUUCUGGAGGAUUGUUGGAUCGAGGAUCCCAAACUUGGAAAAGUCACCUUAGAGAUUGCCAUUCUGUCCAGGGUGGAGCACGCCAACAUCAUCAAGGUGUUGGACGUAUUUGAGAACCAAGGGUUCUUUCAGCUGGUGAUGGAGAAGCACGGCUCCGGCCUGGACCUCUUCGCGUUCAUUGACCGUCACCCCAGUCUGGACGAACCCCUGGCGAGUUACAUCUUCCGGCAGCUGGUGGCGGCGGUGGGCUACCUGCGCUCCAAGAGCAUCAUUCACCGCGACAUCAAGGACGAGAACAUCGUCAUCGCCGAGGACUUCACCAUCAAGCUCAUCGACUUCGGCUCCGCCGCCUACUUGGAGAAGGGCAGGCUGUUUCACACGUUCUGUGGGACCAUCGAGUACUGCGCACCCGAGGUCCUCAUGGGAAACCCGUACAAGGGGCCGGAGCUGGAGAUGUGGUCGCUGGGGGUCACGCUGUACACGCUGAUCUUUGAGGAGAACCCCUUCUGCGAGCUGGAGGAGACCAUGGAGGCCGUGAUCCACCCCCCAUACCUGGUGUCAGAAGCUCUCAUGCACCUCAUAUCUGGGCUGCUGCAGCCUGUCCCUGAGCAGCGCACCACCUUGGAGAAGCUGGUGACAGACCCCUGGGUGAUCCAGCCCGUGAACCUUGCUGACUACACCUGGGAUGAGGUGUGUCGAGUGAACAAGCCAGAAAGCGGAGCCCUGUCCACCGUGAGUCUGGAGCUGGAGGGCAGGUGCGCCGGGGAGCUGGCGUGGGCUGCGGGGCCGUGCGGGCCCCUGUGUCCCCGGGGAGGCCCCUGACGCCCCAGAGUGGCUGCCUUGCUCCUCGGCGGCCCCCAGGGCUUGGGUUUCCAGGCCGCACCGGUCGGAGGAAGUGAAUCCCGCGGCCCGGGUCAGCAGCCUGGGUCAGCAGCCCGGGUCAGCAGCCCGGGUCACCGCCCAAGUCUGAUAAGUGCUGGGAGGCAGGUGCUGCCCGAUGCAGGUCUGUGAGGAGGCGGGAGUCACUGCUCGCGCGGCGGGAGGGGCUCCGGGCUCUUACCUGUGAACCUCGGGAAGGCGUCAGGGGUCGUUCAUCUUUCUGGUUUUGGACGUGCGUGUGUGUUCUUGUUUCCUGACUUUUACAAACAUUUUUUGUUGGUUUCCUGUGACUUGACGUGCGCUCACCGGGGGUGCGGUUCCUAGACCUGCUUACCCGAGCCACCGGGCUGCGUCGUUACCUUGUGUUUUGAAUAUUUUCCAAAUUAAAGCAGUUUUGUAGUGAACCACC